GUAGUUUCUUAUAUAGUGAGUGGGAGUGACUAGUAAGUGCUUUGUGAGCUGCUUGUGGGACUCUACCUUUUAGGGUUCCACUUUGUUGUAUCGGUUUUCUUUUUUGGAAAUAAAAGCAAAUGAUUCAACGGAAAAAAAUACUUUGUUCUCUUCUGAUGAUCCCUUCUGAUUGGCAACGAAAGCUUCGGGGUAACAAUGAGAGCUCGCUCUCUCUGAUCUAAUCUAUCCUAUCUCUUCCCCAAGAUCUCUGCGCCACCCAAUCUUCCUACAAAUUCAUCCCGUCAAGAUCAGUCACGUGUUUUUUUAUGGUGUUCCCUCUCCUCCUUCAAGUCCACCUUCCGUUGCCACCACAAAAGCACACUCCUCCGCAACACCAACAUGCAACUCCUGUUCAGAAUCGACGAAGAUGAUUUCGUUUGCAUCUCUGGCUGAAGCAACAGGUAGGAAGAUAUGUGUAAUUUAGAUGGAAAAGUAAAGAAAUUGAGAAAUGGGUUUUGAAGGGAAGGAUGGAUUGUAUGGAGGGUACCCUUUAGAUUGGGAUGCGAUGGUGGCAGUUUCAACGAUAUGGUUGGACCUAUAAGAUGAUGGUCAUCACCCUAUUGUUUUUGGAUUUGUUUGGGAUGAAAGGAUGGUACAUUCCGUCUACCCUGCUCCUUGCGGCAGGAACUCCCUCACCCUCUCGAAAUUCCGUGACGAAUUCGACCCAGAGACCUGGAAACUCUCGUCCUCAAUCUGGUGGUAUGCUGCCGUCAUCGAGCAGAACCUUGCCAUCUCAAGAGCCCUCGACCGAUUCCUCUCCUGCGGUGGGGGGAAGGAGGAAGCGAUUUCCCCAAUUGAUAUGCAAGGCUCUGAGAUCCCUUCAAUUGUAGAAGAGCAAUUAGGUUUACGAAGUGGUGAGAUUAGUCGGGGAGGACUACAGAUUGGUCUAGCGGGAGAUUUUGAUUUAAGUCGGGGAGUUCCGGAAUUGAAUGCAAAGCUUGAGUUUCGGCAACCUGGCUCGGCUGAUGGCUGGGUUGAGGAGAUUGGAGGGCUUCCGAGAGACGACCGAUUGAACGAUCUGGUGGCGAAUAAGGGAAGGAUUAAUUGGUAAUUAUAACUAUUUUUUUCUAUUUUAUUUAUUUUAUUUUGUUAUGAUAGUAGGUGAAAAUUAUAGAUGAUAAAUUUUAUUAUUUUUUAAUUGUCACGUCACUUAUUUAACAGUCAACUUUCAGAGUUGACUGCCAUGUUAGCUAAGAUUAACGGAAACUAACAGAGAGUGACCAAAAUUGGGUUGUAUAACUAAUUUAAGUGACUAUAGAUGUUAUAAAUUAAUCUUAGUGGCAAAAGUGAACUUUAUUGUAAUUCUAGUGAUCAAACUUGCAAUUUACCCGUUUCUUGUCUAUCAUACCACAAGUGACGAUUGACAUCGUUUUCACAUGAAUCGCCUACAAAGAAUGACUAUUAUACCACAAGUGGCGAGUGCAUUGAAUGCACCCCAAAUGUGGUCGGUGCACCGAAAACGCCACCAUAUAUAUGGCAAAGGCUAGCCUAAACUAUAAAGGUGGCUACUUUGGGGCACCCACAAAUAUGAGUGCAUUCAAUUCACCCAACUCUAAAACUAGCCUUACGACUGCAAAUUUUUAAUUUUAAUUGAUCUAGUUUGAAAUGAUGAUAUAGCAUAUGAUCACUACUAAUCAAUCCAUUACCCUAAUCCCUAAACCUUCAAGUUUGAAUACAAACCCAAAUCCCCCCAAAUUAUUAACCCUAACCCUAACUCUAAAUCCCUAAACCCUUAAUCCUUCAAAUUAAAGUAUAUCCUGAAUGAUUUUUUUGGCAAAUUCAUGUUUUUCUUGUUCAUCGUAUCACAUAUGUGAUCGAUACUAUUUUGGCAUGAAUCGUAUGCUAAAAAUGACAAUUAUGAUACGAGUGCAUUGAAUAUACUAAAAAAAGUGAG